AUGUUAAAUAUAAGUAGAUAUAGUAGUAAACAAACAAGUAACAGUUUGUUAUACUAUUAUACUCUAUCAAGUAGUAGUGGUAGUAGUGGAUCAUAUAUUGUAACAAGAGAUUAUAGUAGUGGUAAUAAUAAUAGAGAUAGAUCAAAAAAUAUAAUUAAAGGAUUAAAUUAUAAAUCAAUUGGUAAUCAACAAUCAAAGAAUAAGACAAAUAGUUAUAGAUUGGCAGAUGAUACAAUCAUUAGCCACAAGAUUACAAGUCGAGGUGGACCAAAGAAAUACUUGGAUCAAGGUUUUGGUUGGGACAAUGUAACAUUUCAUCAAGGUGAUAUCUCUGCAGAGAAACUAAGAGACCUACAAGAAGAAGGAAAAGACCUCAUAGAUUAUAAUCGUAAUCUUGAACGUAAACGAGAGAUUAGACAACAACUACGUAAAGAUUCAAACUUGUCUAAAAACUUUAAAGGUUUAAGGAAUCAAGUCAAUCAAGAGGAGGAGGAAGAAGAAGAAGAAAAGUAUGGUUCUUCCAAGCGACGAGACAAAGAUGAAGAAGAUGAUGAAGACGAUGAUGAAGAUGAAGAUGAAGAUGAAAUUGAAGAUGAUGGUCAAGAUGAAGAUGAAAAAGAUCCAACAAAGUUGGAAUUUGGAAAGAUGAAAUCAAAGACAUUUGUAAAGGAAGAUUAUAUCAUUAUGAAACCAGAUCAAAAAGAUGACGAAAGCUUUGUUCGUAAACAAAUGCAAGACGAUGGUUUUGAAAGCGAAUUGGCUCAAGAUGAUGGUUGGAGAGAAUAUGACGAGAAAAAGGGUGGAGUUCAAGCAGACUAUAGUUACAAGGAUGAAGAAGCCAAAUCAUUGGCAAAGAAGGGAUUGACCAAGGAGAGUGGAAGUCUCUAUUGUCAAGGAUUCAAAAUCGAUGAAAAGUAUCUAAAGUACUUUAUGGAUCCAAAUCAUAUCGAGGGUGGUGGAAGAAGAGGUGGAUUGUCAAGAAAGGAAAGAAAAAAGUUAAAGGCCAAAGAAGAGAUGGCAAUGUCUGGCAAAACAGAAAGACCAAGAAAAGAAAGAAAAGUUAUAUUUGACGAGGAAAAUGAUGAAGAACAUACAAUCCUUCAAAAGAAAAUGGCCAAUCGUAUUAUGAGCCUUUUGAAUGAAUCUGUCAUCUUUAAGGAUCACAAUACUCGUUAUCACUCGAUGAUUGCAGACUAUCAACACGAUCCAACCAAACAAUCAAUGUUUGGUUUCUUUAAGAAUCAAAAAGAUGCCUACAUGGAAGAGGAUGAAUUAUUCGAUCCUGUUCUCUCCAAAGUUCACAUCGUACUCACAAAAACCAAGGUUUCAAGUGAUUUGAAAUGGUUAAAGGUUUAUUGGGCAAGAGAUAGUGAUAAUAUUGAUAAUAAUGUAGACGAAGCAGAAGAAAUGGAAUUGGAAGGAAUUGAUGAAGAAAAGGAGGAAAUGGAGGAAAUGGAAGAAAUGGACGAAGAUGAAGAAGGAGAAGAAGAGGAUGAAAAUGGUGUAAAUGUUGAUGAAGAAAUAGAAAUGGAAGAGAUUGAAGAUGAAGAUGAAGAUGAUUUGGAUGAAGAUUAUGGUCAAGAUGAAGAACAUGAAACUAGGGCAUCGUCGACAGAUGAACCAGUAUUGAAUGAUAUUUUGGAUGAUCUUAGUACAUUCAAGGCAAAACAAAUCAUGAUCAAGAGAUUAAGAGAUACUUUACCAGAUGAAGAAAUUUCAUCAACUGCACAAACUCAUGGAUUAGAUAAUAUUGUAUUAUCCAAAUCAUUUAGAACAUCUUCUUUACAACAGCAAAAACAACAACAACAACAACAACAACAAGACUACAAUAACAAGGAAGCAUUCUCAUUUGGUAAAUUUGGAAAUGAAGUUGGAUCAGAAGGAGUAGAGUUUCAAGUAAAGAUCCCAUCCUUUGAUGAGAGAUUAACAGUCUCCACACCAAAGGUUGGUAAUGAUGAGGAUCUAAAGGCAGCACAAAGAAGAAAGAUUGCUGGCUACGAAGCCAUCACUGACGAACAGAUUCAAAACAGAUUGGUAAAGUUGACACCACGUCUUAGAAUGUAUAUUGCCAAAAAUAUGAAGUCUAGAUACGUUCCAAACCUCUACUUUAUCUUGGACAAGGAUAAAAAAAAACAAGAGGCAUCGAUUGACAUUUUUGAAAAUGUGAUUGCCCCAGAAAUGUUGGAAGCUGCCAAACAAAGUAGAAGUAGACAAAUAGAAAAAUCAAAACAAUUAACCAACAAAUUCAUGGGUGUAUUUAAUAAUAGUCCACAACAACAACAAAAACAAGCAACUGUUAAUAUGAAAAUCCCAGGAUACUCUCCAGAAAAUGAAGAUAGUUUAUAUAUGGAUGGUGAUACUGCCAACGAUGUAAUUAGAACAGAGUUACUUGGUUUGGGAUACAAAGAUUUCAAUGAUCCCUAUGAAAAACAAACUCCAAAACCAGAAACAAAAGAAGAAUCAUUAUCAAAACAAUUUAUUCAUAAAAAGUUUACAAGCCUUCAACCUCCCAUCAAACAACCAACUCCACCACAACCAACUCGAGAAGAUAAAGAAGCAGAGGCAAACAAACAAUUCUUUAAAGAUUUUAAUAAAGGAAUAUUUAAAAAAUAA